CUGUUUUACAUCCGGACGGUUUGUGAUUGUUUGAUGUGUGAAGUUUUUAUAUUUCAGUUUAAUCGCCGCAAUCGUGUUUAAGGAGUUAAAGCGAACAUGACUGAGGAUGUACAGAAGCACUCGGUGCACACGCUUGUGUUUCGAUCGUUAAAGAGGACUCAUGAUAUGUUUGUGUCGGAUCAAGCCAAACAGAUAGCGCUGGACGAGCAGAGCUACAAGAUGAAGAUGGCAGUAAAGAUGCGAACAGAGUAUGGACCUGUGUUACACAUGCCAGUUUUGAAAGAGGGGAGAGAUAAAGGGCCACUCGACGCUUCUGACCCCUAUGGCCAGAUAGGAUAUCCCCUGCCAGAUUCUACUCCAGAUUACUUGGUGACAGGAACACAUCCAUAUCCUUCUGCUCCAGGAGUCACCCUCACUGCAGACACACUGAUGCAGAAGAUGCCCAGUGAAGCAAGUGUUCACUCCAUGGCUCUUGCGCUUCCUCCGUCUCAAGCAAGGCAAGAUGCAAGUCGAACUGCGGCCAGUGUGGCAGAUAUUCACAGACAUGCGGGAGGUGCAGAGAGAUCUCUGCCUCCACAACACGCACUGUCUCUUGUAGAAGGAGGCACCAGGAAUACUGUGCUGGUGCCAAGAAAAGCUCCUACGAUGCCCAAACCUCAGUGGCAUCCACCAUGGAAACUCUUCAGAGUCAUCAGUGGGCAUCUUGGUUGGGUGAGAUCUAUAGCAGUGGAGCCUGGUAAUCAGUGGUUUGUGACUGGAUCAGCAGACAGAACUAUAAAGAUCUGGGAUCUCGCCAGUGGAAAGCUUAAAUUGUCUCUGACGGGUCACAUCAGCACAGUGAGAGGUGUGGCCGUAAGCACACGUAGCCCAUACCUCUUCUCCUGUGGGGAGGACAAACAGGUUAAAUGCUGGGAUCUAGAAUAUAACAAGGUUAUAAGACACUAUCAUGGUCAUCUGAGUGCAGUCUAUGACAUUGACCUCCACCCUACCAUUGAUGUGUUGGUGACAUGCAGUCGAGAUGCCACCGCAAGAGUUUGGGAUAUCAGGACCAAAGCGAAUGUCCACACCCUAACUGGACACACUAACACAGUAGCUACAGUCAAAUGUCAAAGCGCUGAACCACAGGUGAUUACAGGCAGUCACGACACAACUAUAAGACUCUGGGAUCUGAUUGCUGGCAAGACAAGAGCCACACUGACCAAUCACAAGAAAUCUGUCCGAGCAUUGGUGCUCCAUCCCAGACAAUACACUUUUGCAUCUGGUUCUCCUGAUAACAUUAAGCAAUGGAAAUUUCCUGACGGAAACUUCAUCCAGAAUCUUUCAGGACACAACGCCAUCAUCAACACGCUGGCUGUCAAUUCAGAUGGUGUACUGGUGUCAGGAGCUGAUAAUGGCACAAUUCAUAUGUGGGAUUGGAGAACUGGCUAUAACUUCCAGAGGAUUCAUGCUGCGGUGCAGCCCGGUUCUCUGGACAGUGAGUCCGGAAUCUUCGCCUGUGUGUUCGAUCAGUCUGAGAGUCGACUCAUAACAGCAGAGGCAGACAAAACUAUUAAAGUCUACAAGGAGGAUGACACAGCGACGGAAGAAUCCCACCCUGUUAAUUGGAAACCAGAGAUUCUGAAGAGGAAAAGAUUUUAGUUGUUUUAUUGGAACCUUUCAUUUUGCUCAAACUUAAAUUUUGUCAGAUGAUUUCCAAUAUGCUGUUUGCUUGUACCAUGAAUGUAAAUGGCACACUAUUUGUGAAACAACUCCCCAUAAGGUGUUGCAUUCUGCUUCUAUUUGCCUAUUUAACAAUAUGAAAGUUACAACAAAAAGUGUUUCUGUGCAUGGCCAGUCCUUUCAACUGUUCAUUUUGAUUUUCAAUAAAUUCUUAACAAGUUUGAA